AGGCAGGUUCCGGUCACUGCGGACUUCCGGCGACUCCUGAAGAUGUUGAGGCCCAAAGCCCUGACCCAGGUCCUUAGCCAGGCCAACACCGCGGGGGUCCAGAGCACCCUGCUGCUGAACAAUGAGGGCUCGCUCCUCGCCUACUCUGGCUACGGGGACACGGAUGCCCGGGUGACUGCAGCCAUCGCCAGCAACAUCUGGGCUGCCUAUGCCAAGAAUGGGCAUCAGGCCUUCAACGAGGACAAGCUGCGAUUCAUCCUCAUGGACUGCAUGGAGGGCAGAGUCGCUAUCACCCGAGUAGCCAACCUGUUGCUGUGCAUGUACGCCAAGGAGACAGUGGGAUUCGGGAUGCUGCAGGCUAAGGCUGAGGCCCUGGUCCAGUACUUGCAGGACCCCCUCACCCAGGUGGCUGCCUCCUAGCAGCCGGUGGUGUUGGGGGGGGGGGAAGCAGUCACGCUCCUGAAGGACCCAGCCUGAGACCGUUUGCUAUUUUGCCUUUUGACGUCUGGAGCGAGGUUUGGAAAUGGGCCCUCGCUGCUUUGGUUUGAAAAGAAAAGUGAAACGCAACAAGCUAGAGGGGGCUAUGAGAGUGUGACGGACCGAGGCUUCUCUCUUUUUGGGAUGGUGGGGUGGGGUGGGUGGGGUGCAGGGAGAGACAGCAGCUGGUGGGUUAGCGAAGCAUCGCCUGGCAUCAGAAAGGGGACAGUGCCAACCUUUCCACUAAAGGUCCUGGCCGCCACUGCAUUGCUGUAGCCACUGUUGGGAUCAAAUGGGUCUUUGUUUCAGCAGGAAUAAAACUUCUUACCUGGGCUUGUGGGGAGGAAAGGGUGAAAAAGACCCACUCUUGCCUCAGAGAUGACGCGCACCCUCUUUGGGGGCACAACCCUGUUUUGAGAAAGUUCCGGAAACCUCCAGCCGGUGGGACUUUCUGGUCCAGGGACGACCUGGGCCCUCCCCUCAGUCACUCGAAUUAGCCCUUGGUUAAAUUUUUGUUUUCUUGGGUACAGAUACCAAUUUGGGUUCAGGCUAUUUUCCUUCCCCGCCCUCUUCUCCACCAGACAUUUCUAGAAGGUUCUAGAACAUGGCUACCUCCCCCACCACCCCAUUGCACGUUUCUAGAAGGUUCUGGAAUGCCCCAUGAUUUAUCUCCUGUCUGCUGGUCAUUUCUAGAAUGCACCAAAAGUUCUCUCCUCCCUGCCGGAUGUUUCUAGAAGGUUCUAGAAUGCAGUAGCCCACCCCCACUCCAAUCAAAGUGGGAGCAAUGCCCCGUGGCACCCCCCCCCCCCCCCAGCUUUUAAGUCUUGUUCCAUGCAAAUUUAAAAGUAUGUAUAUUGAGGGUGAAUUUUGAUCUGCCCUUGGAGGGUGACUGAGAGUGUUGGUGGAGGAAACUGAGUGCUUUCUGACCUCUGCUGCCACCUUGCGUCUGCAUAUUGUAGCUGAACCUGUUAAUAAAGAUUCUUUUUGUCA